UAUUAACAUCACAUAUAUGCUUAAUUAGGGGAUCAUUGGACAAGUUCACAUGGUGCAUUAAAUUCUAUAAAUAAUGGUUAUUUGCAUCACUGGAGACCAAUCCGCACAUGCAAUCCAAAUUAAACCCAGUAAAAAUUAAGCUUUCUCACACGUAUCCAAUGGUGCCCUGGCUAUCCUUUUCCGUACAUAUUAUUGUUCUUGUUCUUGCUUGCAACAUCUUGGCUGCCUCUGGCAAUAAUGAGACAGACCUGCUUGCCUUGCUCAAAUUCAAGGCCAACAUUAAUGGCGACCCGCUAGGAGUUGUCCAUUCAUGGAAUUCUACCCUGAACUUCUGCCAUUGGCAUGGUGUUACGUGUGGCCGUAGACACCAGAGGGUGACUGUGCUAGACUUGCAGUCCCUCAAGCUCUCUGGCUCCAUAUCACCACAUGUUGGCAAUUUGAGCUUUCUAAGGGAAUUAAACCUUCAAAACAAUAGCUUCACUCAAGCGAUCCCUCCCCAAAUCGGUCGUUUACACCGUCUGCAGAAUUUAUUUAUGCAGAACAACUCGUUUAGCGGCGAAAUCCCACCAAACAUAUCUGGUUGUUCUAACCUUGUUACAUUCCAAGUUCAAAAUAACCAGCUGGAAGGAUCAAUUCCAAUGGAGCUUGGCUUCUUGUCCAAGGUUCAAAUUAUUCAUCUGCAAAGAAACAAUCUGACAGGAACCAUCCCUCCAUCUGUGGGGAAUUUGUCAUCCCUUCAAGCAAUGUAUGCCAGUGAAAAUAAUUUCUUUGGGAGAUUCCCUCAUUCUCUAGGCCAAUUAAUGAAUCUUACUAUAUGGGAUCUAUCCACAAAUGGGUUUUCAGGUACCAUCCCACCAUCCAUCUUCAAUCUUUCUUCGAUUGUGCUUUUUGAUGUAGCUUAUAAUCAGUUUGAAGGUAGCCUUCCCUCUGAGAUAGGCAAUACUUUUCCAAAUAUUAAAUUUCUUUCCAUCUCCUUCAAUAACUUCACGGGUUCAAUUCCUAUUUCAAUAUCCAAUGCUUCAAACAUAGUCAGACUUCAGCUAGCUAGUAAUAAGCUUACUGGGAAAGUGCCUUCCAAAGUUGGAAAGUUGGGUAGCUUGGGGGUUUUGGAUGUUUCUAAUAAUAUGUUGUCGGGUAAGAUUCCUGAAAGUCUUGGAAGUUGCAAUAGUUUAGAAGUGUUGCACAUGGAUGGAAACUUUUUCCAAGGGCCCAUUCCUUCAUCCUUUGAAUCAUUGAGGGGUCUUCGAGUAUUAGAUCUUUCCCGUAACAAUUUGUCUGGCAAAAUUGCAGAGUUUCUGCAAGAUUUUAAGUUAUUGGCAAAGUUAAAUCUAUCAUACAAUGAUUUUGAAGGUGAAGUGCCACUAAACGGAGUUUUCAAGAAUGCAAGGGCAACAUGGAUCAAGGGAAAUAAUAAACUUUGUGGUGGGAUUCCUGAAUUUCAGCUGCCUAUAUGCACUUUUGAUCAUAAGCCGAAGAAGAGAAUGAAGACAAUAGUGAUUUCCAUAAUCUCCCCACUUCUUGGAGUAACACUUGUAUUUGCAUGUUUCAUUCUUUAUCGAUCAAGAAAGAAAAGAAGAGACAAUAAUAGAUCAAGCUCUUAUGAGAAUACACUUUUGAAGGUGUCUUAUCAUAGUCUCCUAAAAGCAACAAAUGAAUUCUCUUCAGCAAAUUUAAUUGGUGCAGGUAGCUUUGGCUCUGUGUAUAAAGGAAUGCAUGAUGAAGAGGGAAGAGCUAUUCCUAUUGCUGUCAAGGUAUUUAACCUUCAGCGUCGAGGUGCUUCUAGGAGUUUCAUGGCUGAAUGUGAAGCAUUGAGGAACAUCAGACAUCGAAAUCUUGUCAAGGUAUUAACAGCAUGCUCAAGCAUUGACCAUCAUGGCAAUGAUUUCAAGGCUUUGGUUUAUGAAUUCAUGACCAAUGGAAGUUUGGAGGAAUGGUUGCAUCCUACUCCCACGCCAGAUGAAGAAGCAAAAACUUUGAAUCUUGUUCAGAGAAUAAACAUUGCAAUUGAUAUUGCCUCUGCAAUAGAGUAUCUCCAUCUUCACUGUGAAACACCAAUAAUUCAUUGUGAUCUCAAGCCAAGUAACAUUCUCCUUGAUGAUGAAAUGAUUGGGCGUGUCAGUGAUUUUGGGUUAGCAAAGUUCUUUUCUGAGGAAACCCUUCAAAACAAGUCAAGUUCUUUCGGUGUAAGAGGAACAAUCGGUUAUACUCCUCCAGAGUAUGGCGCGGGAUGCGAAAUAUCAACUUACGGUGAUGUAUAUGGUUAUGGCAUAAUCUUAUUGGAAAUGUUCACAGCGAAGAAACCUACUGAUAGCAUAUUUAUGGAAAGUUUGAACCUUCAUAAUUUUGUCAAAAUAGCUUUGCCUGAAAGAGUCGUAGAUAUUGUAGAUCCAAUUCUUCUUGAAGGAAGAUCCAUGACCCUGGGCAACUCAAUUUCAAACCAUAAUCAUAAUUUUAGUAGCAUUCAGAAUAACAUAAUUUUUGAGUGCUUGAUUUCAAUAUUUGAAAUUGGAAUAUCUUGUUCUGUUGAGUUACCAAGAGAACGAAUGAAUAUCAAUGAUGUUGUUGCUCAACUUAGUUCAGCAAAAAAGAAACUUCUUAAAGCUCGAGUGCAUUAAGAGAAAGGGAAUACAUUUGACGAAGCAGGUGCACAAGAUGACUCAAGUGGAAAGCAUGCAGUACUCCUAAUUGACAGAAACUAGCACAAGCAUUUAUGUUAAUAAAUAGUGAAGAUGAUAGUGCGACGGCAAAUUGUAUUUCCUAUUAAGCUUUUGAUUGUGUUGUUGUUUCAUCUUAUGGAUAAUAGGCCUCUACUAAGCUUUGAAAUAAUUUUGUAUUGGAUAUUGUUCUUAGUUAAUGUCUUUAAUUAAACUAUCUUUUAUAAUUGA